AUGAGGUCGGACGAUUCAAACGAGCACAUACGCAAAGCUCGAAAGGUCACUAGGGCGUGCGACACCUGCAAGGCCAAGAAAAAGGCCUGCACCGGAAGCAUACCUUGUGGUCCAUGUACUCGCAAGCAUUUGAUAUGCACCUACCAGACGGCCUAUAAUCGCGGGGUAGCCCUCAGCCCCCCACCAUCCGCCUCGAACGAUGAUCGUCAACCUCCAACCCCGGGCCGGGGGAGGAGAUAUAUUGACGGCAAUGCAUUUUCUCCUUACCCUCGCAAUCGGCAGACCCCGACGGUGACCGGUCAAUAUUGGGGUCCUACCUCUGCGCAUUCCUUCCUAGACCGUGCUGUUCAAGAUCUUCAUCCUGCGACGCGACUGUCGCCCUCACAGCAACAUGACCAUGACAAGCAUUCGACAAUCUCGAUUUUCUCUUACGGAGAUCGUGUUGUGCCGCUAUCAUCAGUCAAUAGGUUUACAUGGCCCGACAAGACUAUCGCCGUAGACCUGGUUCGGAGAUACUUCGACUUUGCUGCACCGACCUACCGGGUUCUUCAUCAGCCGACUGUCGAGAGGCUGGUUCAUCGCAUCUACAAGAGCCAAACGCCGCACGACCAGUCCUGCUCAUCGCCUGUAGACACAUCGCUCGAGGCGGCGUCGCAGGCCACUCUCUUGCUUCUUUUCAGCACUGCAACAAUGUUUCGGGUAGACAUGGAUGGACGUAUGCGCGAUGCAGAUGAGCAUGGCUGGCAGAAGAGUGAAAUGUAUUAUGCACAGGCGGACCACCUACUUUCUCGUGAGACAGGUGCUCCGAGCAUGGCAUCUGUCCAGGCUCGCUUCCUCAUGGUGCUAUAUUUGCUCAGCUCCUCGAGGCCCCACAAAGCAUGGUUCACAUUUGGGACUAUGGUCCAGCUGAUGAUGGCCCUUGGAUUGCACAACGGACGCACAAGAAGGGGUCAAGAUGGGCACAACUUGGUGCAGAAGGAAUGCCAACGGCGACUCGUAUGGUGCUCAUACACCUUGGACAAGUAUCUCAGCGUUAUGCUUGGUCGACCACGCUUGUGGCAGGAUGAAGACAUCGACGAGGAUCUUCCUACACGAGUCAAUGAUUCAGACUUGACACCCCAAGAUAAUCGACUCACAAAGCGUGACUGCUUGAUGGACGCCCCUGUGUUUCAUGUUUUACUAGCUCGUAUCUUGACGCGGGCUGUCAAAGAGUCUUAUGUGCAAACAGGAAUCUCCACCCGAGAGCAGAUCGCAACUAUCUGCGCAUUGCAUGAACAGGUACAGGUGUGGCAAGCUGGAUUGCCCCCGUUCCUGUCGGGCGUUAUCCAUCCAAGCAGCCUGGUGCCGGUCUUCCGGCGCCAGUUGACCGUACUCCGACUGGCUCGAUACCAUGCUGUGAUGUUCAUCACGAGGCCGCUGCUGCUGCGGAAUUAUGGGCAGAUGUGGCCGGAAUGUGAUACGACCUACCAGGAGCUUCUCUGCACCUGCCUUACGGCAGCCUGCGAUGCCAUUGAGCUGAUCCUCGGCUUCGUGCAUGACGAUGAGCUUUAUACAGCAUUCUGGUACUCGCAGUACAUUGCUUUCAAUGCUCUGUCUAUCAUUUACAUCUAUUUGAUUCAACUUCGACAGGGGCGGAUCUUCCGCGUUCGCCCCCCCUUUCUGCCAAGACCAGAGGGCUCGCUUGAUACCGAGCUGGAUGAAGCGACGCUUUACAAGCUGUCCACACUUGCUCAAGAUCAUUUGGCCAAUGCUACGGCCCGGAACGCACCCUCCUGGAAGUAUAGUGUCAUUCUCCAGGGCUUGCGCCAAGAACUGACUCGUCUGGGUCUACCGAACACGGACGCACCACAUCCCCAGGAUGCAACGGAGACAAAUGGCUCGGCGGUGACAGGUAUGGUGCUUGUGCAACCCCACACCACGACGUGCCAUGCCAAUCAACCGACACGAGGUGAAGCGAGUUCCUCAAGGACAGGAAACGAAGAGCGCAAUGGCAAUUCAAACGCCACUUCUCACCCUGCAUUGGAGCACGGCCACUACAUGGACUCGAUUGGCCUAGAUCCCCGUACAGAGUCCUUGUUGGAUUACUUUGCAUUGGAUAAAGAUUUGAUGCUGGACUUCUGGCCCCAGUUGGAUAGUCUGCCGAUCAACUCAACCUUUUGA